CGAGAGCGAAGUGGUGGCCGAGGGCUGCCGGGCAAUAUGGUGUUUGUAUAACAGCUUCUGAUUGAUGCUCUUGGACUGGCCGUGGGUGCGAGGUUUUCCAAAAGGUGUGAUCAACUGCAAUUGAGAUGUUCCAUUGUGGUUACUGUGAUUUGGGGACAGCGUGCAUUGAUGAGCUAGAUAUUCACAUUCUAGAGACACAUACAGACUUUCAGCCUUCUGACUGCCCUCCUGACAAAUUAUCCAAUCAGAUUUUUCCAGUUUCGACAUGCUCCAAUUUACAAUCCAGUCAGCCUGACAUGCAGAUAUUUGUCAAUCCUGGACAAGGCUUGAGAGUUGGGAACAAGAGUGACUUGAAUGAGGACUUGAUCCACAGCAGUCAUGUUAUUCCAUCAGUUGACCAUUUCCAAAUGAGUGGUGAGUAUCCUUAUGGAUGCACAGCUUUCAAGGAAUAUCUGAAUUCCUCUUGUGAGACAGUUGGGAAAUUAGAAACACUAGAAGAGUCAAACAAACAAGUUGCUCUUUCCAACACGAAUGCAACAUUUGCCAUUGAGCAGGUGACGGAUGUGUGUAGUAUUGCACGUGAUAAUGAAUGCAAUAAACCCAACAUUUUCAACAAGGAGUCCGAAUUAGAUCUGCUAAAGGACGCUACUUUGCCCUUCAAAAGUGCUGAGGAACCGGAAAUGACAAACCUGGGUCUCUCACAACUUCGUGAAACUAUGUUGGAAGUAACUAAGGAAACGGAACUGUCUGAAAGUUCGUUGUUUUUACCUCUGGAUGGAGGACAGAAUACAUUGCCAAAACAGAUUAAUCCUGAUAAACCAAACAAAGAUGGGAUGGAAGUGGAAGUAGAUGGAAAAUUAGUUGCAGAGACUGGUAAGAUGCCCUGUUCGUGGUGUGAACAUGACACAUUCAAUAAACAAUGCUUUGAAGGUCAUACAAAAGAACAACAUAGUUACUUUGAAAGUGACGAAGAGACUCCGAUCUCCACAAUGGAGCCAGGGUACUUGGGAUGUAAAGAACAGGACUCCAAUUCUCAAGUUGAUUCAAUGAAUUAUGCUUCUCGGAAUGCAGAGACAAUAGUGAGAGAGAGUGAACUGUGUAGAAUUGAACGUGAAAACCCUCUCUCAAAAAGCAAUUCGGGUGACAUCUCAAUAACUGGUGGUGACAAACCUUCCAAGAAUAUGCGACAGAAAUCUGUAACACAUCUUACUUUUCGGCAAAAAGUCAGAACAACAUUAAAACUUAACAGCCAAACUGUAUUCUAUGUGAAACGACUAUGUUUGUUUCAUUGUGUUAUUUGUCGAUUUCAUACUUUGUACCGUCGUUGUGUCUUGCGCCACGUGAGGAGUAUGCAUCAUAGCCACGUUAGAAGUCCUAAACUGAAAGGCUGUGUCAGGUUUUCCAAUGGUUUAAGUACACUGAAACUUGGUAAAAAGGAGUGCACUUUAAAAAAGUUAAUUUUGAACAGUGGUCCACUGCCCUUGGAAAGAAAGGAUUCCCGAGUACUCAAACCAGAUAGGAGUAUGCUAAAACAAGUUCAGUAA